AUGCCUGAAGACGGCGGCAUCAACGGCCGCGCAGACUACUCAACCGAACGGACCGGUCUCCUCUCGCGAAUCACCACCACCGACUCCGGGACACCAUAUCACAAGCAUGAAAAUGUCUGGAUCAAAUACCCCUUCCUGGUGCUACAUUUGACCUGGGAGGUUCUCAAGACCAACUACGUCAAUGUCCUCCUCGUUUUUGUGCCUGUCGGCAUCCUGGCAGGUGUUUUAGACUGGUCACCGGCGCUCCAGUUUACCCUCAAUUUUAUUGCCAUCAUACCAUUGGCAUCUCUCCUCGCUUUCGCCACAGAAGAGCUCGCCGUUCCGCUGGGCCAGACCAUUGGAGGACUUUUGAAUGCGACAUUUGGAAAUGCGGUCGAGUUAAUCGUGAGUAUCAUUGCUCUCUCGAAGAACGAGAUCCGCAUCGUCCAAGCCAGCAUGCUGGGCAGCAUCCUGUCCAAUAUCCUCCUGGUCUUGGGAUGUUGCUUCUUCGUCGGCGGCAUCCGUUAUCCUGAACAGAGCUUUAAUUCGACAGUCGCAUCAACAAUGUCGUCGCUCAUGACCGUCGCCACCUCCUCUCUGAUCAUUCCUGCCACCUUGUAUGCUGUCAUGUCCAACAACAAAGCACAAGAUGAUAAUAUCAUGAUUCUGUCGCGUGGGACAUCGAUCAUUCUGCUGCUCAUCUACGUGGCAUACCUGUACUUCCAGCUCAAAUCCCACGCCAACCUGUUUGACGACGCUGAAGCGCAAGGACGUGAGGAUGAGGAGGCUCAGCUUUUGGGGCCUUGGGCUGCAGGUAUCGUCUUGGUGAUCAUCACCCUCCUUGUCUCUGUCUGCGCCGAAUACCUAGUCGGCAGCAUCGACGCCAUUGUGGAAGAAGCGCACAUUAGCAAAACCUUUAUCGGUCUGAUCUUGAUCCCUAUCGUCGGCAACGCGGCCGAGCACGUCACAGCCGUCAUCGUUGCGUGGAAGAACAAGAUGGACUUGGCCAUUGGAGUCGCCAUUGGAUCCAGUCUCCAAAUCGCCCUCUUUGUCACUCCUUUCCUGGUGGUGUUGGGCUGGAUCAUAGACAAACCCAUGACACUACACUUCGAGACCUUUGAGACAGUAAGCUUCUUUUUGGCCUCGCUGGUUGUGGUGCUCUUGAUCCAGGACGGAAAAUCCAAUUAUCUCGAAGGAUUGCUCUGCUUGGGUAUGUAUUUCAUCAUUGCCCUGGCCUUUUACGUCUUGCCGGACGAUGCAGGUACUGGACUGAACCUGGGGAAGCUCUUUAGCGGUAGCAGUGGUGCCUGA